UAGCAAACAAAGCUACAGCGACUGGAUGCAAUAUAAUAAUAAAAACAAACAAAGCAAUGUCACUGCGGGCGCUCCGGAAAAGAGAGACAAACAAUAGCUACAUUAACAAUAAUAACAACUUAAGAACACCAGCGCCAGCAACAACAACUCUCUUCAAGAAAGCAACAACGUCACCGAAAAAAAAUCUUAACAAAACUGCCAACUCUAAUAGGGGCUUAGGCAAACAGUCCUUGCUCCAACAGCGAAAGUUGUUGGGAAGGUCCUGCAACUCGUGUCCUGACCUUCGACAACUGGGGUGGUACAGCAACAACAACAAUAACGGCAGCCUGUUGCGCAGUAAAUCGGAAGGGGAUGUUGGAGUAGUUACCUCGGGAGCCCCUCUAACCGUAGCCAACGCCAAAUCAGAGGUGUGUUUGCAAAGAAUUAGCUCACACAGUUACGAACCGUCGGGAAUUCCUGCAACAGAAAUGCUGGGAGGAGCACGUUCACAUCGGGACUUGACACAAUCCUCAUAUGGAAACCAAUCGGGAGAGCUGGUGCAGGGUAGAGCACCCCGCAGAAUGAGCGAAUGCAGUCUUGGCUACAGCCAGACAAGUUCGCGAUCUAUGUUCGCCAGCCAGAUGACGUUAUCUUCGGGAUCUGCGGCUCCACCUGUUGAUCCCAAUUCCGUGCUCAGGGUGCCCAUUAUCGGCUAUGAGGUAAUGGAAGAACGAGCACGGUUCACGGUCUACAAAUUGCGCGUCGAAAACCCAGAGACGAACGACUGCUGGCUGGUAAUGCGCCGGUACACGGACUUUGUCCGCCUCAAUGGAAAACUCAAGCAGGCUUUUCCAAAUGUUAACCUUAUUCUACCGCGGAAGAAACUGUUUGGGGACAACUUUAACGCCGUCUUCCUGGACAAUCGCGUGCAAGGCCUUCAGAUCUUCGUAAAUUCCGUAAUGGCCAAGGAGGAGCUGCGAAAAUGCAAGUUGGUGCGGGAGUUCUUCUGUCUGGACGAGCCGCCCUCGUACUCAGAGUCUAUGGAGGAGUGUCGGGCAAUUUUUGAGGCCCAGGAGGAAACUAUCACCCACUUAAAGCUGCAGAUACAGAAUAAAAACGAUCUCAUACUCAGUUUGCAGCAGAAAUUGCGUGACGAGAUUAACGAAAAAGAUCAGCUCAGAGAGACCUUAAAAAACAUAAACCUUAACUGUUCGCACUGCUCCUCAGCCAAUGAAGGCAGUCUGGAUGACAAGUAGACCUUAAUAUAAUCGAAGAAGAAAACUAGAUCCAAGUCUAGUUGGAUGAGUCUGAGUGCACAAUAUUAUGCUGAGCAUAACUCUGGGCACCAGCACCCCUUAUAUGAAGCAAUCAUAUCAACUCAACCCAACUCAAUAAUCCAAACCCAAGUGCAUAUCGGGAAGCUCUGAUGCUCCUUCAGUGCUUUAGUAUUCAUAAAUAGGCCUAGAUGCUAGCAAAUGCUGCCCCCAUGCUGGUACUAAGUGGAGUAUAAUGGUAGUUAUUUUUGAUAUUCGUUUAUGGGCAAUAUAUAAUUAAGGAAUAUUUAAUUAGAUUAAGUACAGAAAUUAGCCCGUGUAUACGAUAUGUUAUGCAAGCUCACAUACAAAAUAAACCUAAGGCACAAUUUAUUACACAAUGAAA